GCGGCGCUGUCAGCGCGAGGCGGCUGGCGGAAUGCAGCGGCCGGAGGCCUGGCCACGUCCGCACCCGGGGGAGGGGGCCGCGGCGGCCCAGGCCGGGGGCCCGGCGCCGCCCGCCCGAGCCGGGGAGCCGGCGGGGCUGCGGUUGCAGGAACCUUCCCUCUACACCAUCAAGGCUGUUUUCAUCCUAGAUAAUGACGGACACCGCCUCCUGGCCAAGUAUUAUGAUGAUACAUUCCCCUCCUUGAAGGAGCAGAUGGCCUUCGAGAAAAAUGUCUUCAACAAGACCAGCCGGACUGACAGUGAGAUUGCAUUUUUCGGGGGCAUGACCAUUGUCUACAAGAACAGCAUUGAUCUCUUCCUGUAUGUGGUGGGCUCCUCCCACGAGAAUGAGCUGAUGCUCAUGUCCGUUCUCACCUGCCUGUUUGAGUCCCUGAGCCACGUGUUAAGGAAGAACGUGGAGAAGCGCUGGUUGCUGGAGAACAUGGAUGGGGCCUUCUUGGUGCUGGACGAGAUUGUGGAUGGCGGCGUGAUUCUGGAGAGCGACCCCCAGCAAGUGAUCCAGAAAGUGAAUUUUCGGGCAGAUGACGGCAGCCUGAGCGAACAGAGUGUGGCCCAGGUCUCUUUGCCCAGACUAAUCCUGCUUUUAUGGACCUUCCCACCUCAGUGCACUAACUUCCUCCUGCUGUGACAGCUAAGACAGGGGACGGGACCCAAGCCAUCCCGCGUGGAGCCCCAGGUUCUUCAGUCUGCCAAGGAACAAAUUAAAUGGUCGUUACUGAAAUGAAGGCUGUGCAUUCAGGUCUCCCUGCCCCCAGAGCAUUUCCACAAUCCUGGCAAAAGCUCAAAGGCCCCAGGGAACAGGAGAGAUCCUUCUGUAUCCCUAAGCCCUCCCAGAACUGACUCCUGAGGUCUCUGGCCAGGGACUCUGAGAUGCAAAGAUUGGGCUUCAGCACUGACUCACCCCUUCUCACUGCCCUGGCCUGCCCCUUUGGCCAUGAGAAACAGCUGAGCUGCCUUAACUCAGACCUUUGGCAUCCCUGGCCCCAGAACCCUAAUAAACCUGCUUUGUCUCCUGCCAA